AUGCCCACCAUCACUCCCGAGGCAGCCAUUACCAUCCACACCUACCUCGCCCCACUACUCCCCAUAGUCGACGCCUUCAACCAUCGUCACAAAAACCAGCACCGCUCAUCACACUGGUGGUCACACUUCAGCAUCUUCCGCCGCUCCCUGCGCUCCCUCGUUAUUUCUCUUACAUUGUCCUCUCGUCGCUCGCACAACGGUGACAGUUCAUUCGUCUUCGCUCGCUGGUUGACACAACGCAUCAUACCCAGAGUAUACAUACCAUUCACACAGCUGGCAGCCGACAAUCAACAUGCCCCCCUAGGCCUCCUCCUCUUCACUCUCCUAGCCCGUGUUGGCUCUGUCCUGUCUCAACAUGUACCCGCCGACGAUGACGUACCUACAGCAUCUGCUGUCGCCGUGCCAAAGCCCAAGCGCGACCAGGCAACUACGAAUAUCUCAGCCGAGACAGACAGAGGCAUCGUCAUCUCGCGCGGCGACCUCCCGCCACCUGUCAAUGUCACACAACCAACAUCAGCCCCGGCCCACUCUGGGAAACAGAAACGUACCAAGACGGCGCCACCAUCACUACCGACAAAGCCCAGGAAUAAAUCGAAGUCUAAAAAGAGUCAAAAGGGCGACGACUUUUCCAGUCUCUUUGGUUCACUAUAA